UUGUGUGUCAUUGGAGAUGAUUGUGAUUCAGAAUGUGGGGCCCAGUUCCCCGGCAAGGAUAAAGAGACAGUGGGUGAAAAGGAUUCAGUGGGGCGUCCUCUUGGGCCUGAUGGUCCUCAUCUAUGGCUCUCAUGCUCCACUCAUCACAAUCACCAAGGUAGAUGGUCAAGUCCCUUUCAACCCGUCCUCUUGUGUUGUAAUGAUUGAGUUGGCUAAACUCCUCAUCUCUCUGGCGACUCUUCUUCUAACUGGGGGUAAAUCAGCCUUAUAUGCCCCUCCACGUCUAGCCCUUGUUGCCCCCUACGCCGUCCCUGCCAUACUUUACGCCCUCAACAACAACCUGGUUGUUCUCAUGCAGGCCUACAUGGACCCAAGCUCAUACCAAGUACUCUCUAAUCUUAAAAUCGCCUCCACUGCCCUGCUGUACUCCAUCUGCCUGGGCAAGAGGCUCCGUCCUGCUCAGUGGUUAGCUCUGGGGCUGCUCAUGUUCGCAGGGGCGUUCCACAGCUACAGCAGCCUGGAUCUAGAAGACCCUAUGGGGACAGAUGCUGAGGAAGGUCCCAGGCUUCACAUCACAGCUUGGGGGCUUUUCCUCGUGCUGGUUUACUGCUGUGUUUCAGGGCUGGCAGCAGUUUACACAGAGAGGAUGCUGAAGAGCCAGAAGCUGCCCCUCAGCCUGCAGAAUCUCUACCUCUACAUGUUUGGUGUGGCCAUUAAUGGGCUGUCCUCCUUCACUACUGUAGCAAGUGACAAGAGCUUUCUGGAGGGUUACUCAGGGGUGGUUUGGGUCAUCAUAGCAGGACAAGCAGCUAAUGGACUCCUUAUGUCUGUGGUUCUCAAGCACGGCAGUGGGAUCACCAGACUCUUUGUCAUUUCCUGCUCCAUGCUGGUUAAUGCUUUGUUGUCUUGGGCCAUCUUAGGUCUGCAGCUCACUCCCUUUUUCCCACUACCCGUUACUAUGAUUGGACUGGCAGCUUACCUUUAUUACAAAUAAGAGAGUCUUCAUCAAAGGAACCACACGGGCAAUUAAACCCUAAAAGAGUUCCCCAUACAGUCUACCUAAAAUUUUCUUUCUUUAGACUUUGAGAUUAACUUUCAGAUGUGGUUUGUUUUCUGCCUUCCAUCCAUCUGCCUUCUGAGCCUUGAAACUGGAGUUUUUCAUUCAGAAUCCAACCCAUGUAUUUGAUUUGUAACCAUAUCAAGUGUUAACAGGCAUGUUGGCCAAUGCUGAAUAUGACAAUUUGAAUCAUACACAAAAGUUUAUUAUUGUUACACUGUUACAGGUAAUUCAUAUUCUGAUGAAUAUUAUAUCUUGAGUUAAACAUUUCUGAAGAGUGCUGCUAUUUUUUUUUUGUUUGCUUUCAUACCACAUUCUUUGCCAAGCACAAUGUCAAAUAUAAUGUUGUACAGUGUGACAGCAAUAAAUUGUGCAAAACAUUG